CCCUCUCUCCUUCAGUCUGCGUGCAGUCAUAGCACCAACUAGAGGAGGAGCUAAAACAGGCACGCACACACUCUCUGACAUCCCACAUCAUCAACAUCAUCAUCAUCUCUUUUGCACGCUCACUGUAAGCACCAGUUAGGCCUGUUCAGAGCAGGGGAGCUCAGCCGAUUCAUCGCCCACCAUGGAUGUACUGAUGAAAGGGUUCUCCAUGGCCAAGGAGGGGGUGGUGGCCGCUGCAGAAAAGACCAAAGCAGGGAUGGAGGAGGCAGCAGCCAAGACCAAAGAAGGGGUGAUGUAUGUAGGUAGCAAGACGAAGGAAGGAGUUGUGUCAUCAGUAAACACAGUGGCCAACAGGACCGUGGACCAGGCCAACAUCGUUGGAGACACAGCAGUCUCCGGAGCCAACGAAGUGUCACAGGCAACCGUCGAGGGGGUUGAGAACGUCGCUGCAUCAACCGGGCUGGUCAGUCAGGAGGAGCCCAUAUAUGAGGGAGAAUACGGUGGAAUGGAGCAAGGUGGGGAAGGAGGAGAGGGGUACUAGUCUUCUUCAGGACCCAUUAGCUGCCCCUUGCCUUUCUCGCCUCGCCGUACCAGACUCCAGAUGUUCAGCAUAUUUUUUUGUGACUUUUCGGAACCAAAAUCAGAACAGACUCUUCCAGACGCUACACCUUGGCUUCCCCGCGCCACCUGUCCCCUCACCGUCUUAUUUCCUGCACUCCGUAGCUUUUCCUGUGCCUCCCGUCGCACCCCAGCCUCACUUGUGUGUUCGUAGAGAUAAACCCAGUGUCGUUGCCAUCCAACUGAGAAAUUUCAAACACCCUUACACAAACACAAAGAGACAAACCUAGAUAAGGCGCUUACACACAGUACAUACCAUAAAUAUCGGCAGACAACACACAGGGCAAACAAGUAGCUGAAGAAGAUUACAACAGAUAAGCCUGUUUAAAUAGAAGAAAAAGAAGUAAUUGUGAACUCGAAGGAACGACAUGAGAGGGUGUGUAUGUGCUGCAGGCCGUGUGUCCAUGUUAAAGCUUGUGUGCAUGUGUUUUCCGCAGGGAUUCGUGUAUUAAACACUUGUGCUUCAGUUUGUGACAGUAGAAUGCAUGAGCAAAUGUUCCUCGUGGUGUUCUCUAUAGAGCGGCUGUUAUGUGUUGCAAAUUCUAGCUUUGUGUGUAUGUGUUUGCUUCAGCAUUUAGAAACAGGUUUAGGGUGGUAGAAGCGAUGCACAGUGCAACGAGAAGUUUUGCAUGAGCACUUUUAGAUGUCUGUCCAUGCCGUGAUGUGUUUGUGUCUGCGAAGUCAGGUUAAGAAGAAAGAUCUUUGAGUGCUUAACAAUCAGCUACUGUUCGUUUGGUUAGAUUUGGGUGAAGAGGAAGCUUCCCUACAACUUGUAUCCACAACUGGACAAUCUAUAUCUAGCCUUCAAUUUAAUUUAAUGAAAACCAGCAAUCCUGUGCAAGCAGCAAGCAUCUGGAAAACCAUGAACCUCCAGGUGGUUGAAGAUCUUCUUAAGUAUUUAAAAUGUCUAACACCUUCUAUGCAGCUUUGACUCAUCUCCUUAAGCAGUUUUAAGCCAUUCACAUCUUAAGGCAGAUGACCGGAACAACUCACAUGUUGGCAUCGUUAGGCUGCAUGUUUGUUCGUCAAGCGGCAAUGACCCAAACACUGAACCAAAUGGAGGGGCAGUCCAGUCAGUCAUGUGACCUCAAAGCCCCCAUUACUGACCUUAACAUCCUAUUAGAGGGAAUGUUCUACAUUAUAAGCCUGAUACUUCAAACCAGGUUCAGAGCUGAAGAUGCCUUUUGGAUGAGAGAUGAAACAUCUUUAAAAAACAAGCACUUACGAAUCUACACCAAUGAUGAAUAAUUACAUUUAAAAUAGUUUUUCCAAAGCAAUUUAAAUUCCAUGCAUCAAAAGCAACGACAAGAUGUAAAAAAUAAAGAUUAUAUUCCUCUGUUACUCACUCAGCUGUUGCUGUCCUGUCCUCCAACAGGUCUGCUAAUUAUUUUUUGUGAAUUUGACCUUUGAAGCUAAUUCAAACUCUCAUAUUACUAUUAUGUAAAGGAUGAGUUUUAAAAUAUCUUUGAUAUUUAAGUCCACUUAGAGUAUAAACAGAAAAACCACACCUUCUUCAUGCAUGAGUUAAGUUUUGGGAAACUGGUUUGACAAACAAGCAGUUAGAUGUGGAUAUAAACCAUAGAUAUACCAGUGUGAUGAAAAGGAAAGGAAUGAAGGUUUACGUUUCAUUUCGGCUAAACUGUGUGCUCAUCUGUGCUGAAUGUCUCCUCUAUCUGCUGUCUAGGCCAAUCAGAUAAUCCCUUCUCUCUGUCGAUGAGCAUCACCCCACCGAUUAUCCACUCAACAUCAGCCUCAUCGCUUUACGAGUGUGCGUACAGGUGUGUGUAUGUGUGUAAAAUUAGAGAAGGGUUAACCAGAAAAGGGUGUGUGCAGUUUUACUUUGAGGUCAACUGAAACCGAUGACUGCAUGUUGCCUUACAGAACAAUGACAUACCCAUUCAAAGGCACACAGAGACACAAACACUUAAAAGAAAAAGAAACACAAAUCCCACCACAUAACACAUGACUAACCCGAGUCACGCACUGUAUUUAAGUUGGCAUCACAUCAAACUCGCUGAUUUUAUAAACAGUAAAUGUGAAAAUAAAAAAGGUUUUGUUGAAGUCCA